CCUUUUCACCACAAUAGCCCAACGCGUGACAAUCCUUCACUCACUCGUCAGAAACACAGGCGAAGGCAUGAUGUCGUCCAGUAACUGCAACAACGAGCAAUCGCAGGUGCAGGAGGAGGAGCUGCAACAAACCUCUUCUUCCUCUUCGCUCUUCUCAUCCUUGUCCGAUGCCUUCUCUUCCUUCAUGACUCCGGUCUACGCUGACGAGGACAAGGAGGAAGAGUCUGAGGAGGGGCAAUCUGGAGAAGAGGGCGGCGAGGAGGGUGGCGAGGAAGGAGGCGAGGCAGAAGAGGAGGAGGAGGAGGAGCCAGAGGAUGAGUACCCCGCUAUCUACGAAGAAUGCGAGAACUCAAAAGGCUGCGCACCUACCAAGCACCACUUCGAGGAGUGCCAGCAAAGAGUGCAGGAUGGCAAGGGCUUCAAGGACGAAAACUGCGUAGAGGAGUUCUUCCACUUGGCACACUGCGCCUCAGAGUGCAGCGCUCCUCGUAUCUUUAGCAAGCUGCGUUAAGCACACGCCAUGCUGGGUGCACGUCUGCCCAAUUUAGGACGACAGGCUUCGAUCUGGUCUGGUACUGCAUGCUAUCCGGUGCCGAACGCAAAUAGAGCACCCAUGCGAUCGUCUUGAGAGCUGCGGCAAGCGCUACGAAAUCGAGAUGUUCAUACAGUCCGCAUUCGUUGUCGAGUGCCAAGCGGGAUGGAGAUGCGUGCGCCUUAUCCGUCGCGGUGGGGGAUCGCGGACUGACUCGCAACCCAGUGGUCGUUAAUGCAAGACGACAAGGUGUGGCAUCAUGCCUCUGAAUCGCUACC